GCAAUGACCUGACCCAAAUGCCAUUAUAACCACUUCCCCCUUUCAAUUUUCAAACCCAAACAAAAAAAAUGGAAACCAACGGCGCCGAAUCUGAGAACGUGAAACCGGUGGAAAACAACGGCGCCGCCGAAUCGGAGAACGUCAAGCAGAAAGGAGUUCCGAUCGACGGAGGAAAGUACGUCCAGUACAACAUCUUGGGAAACCUCUUCGAAGUCUAUGCUAACUACACUCCUCCUCUUCAACCCGUUGGUCGCGGCGCAUACGGCAUCGUUUGCUGUGCUACGAAUUCGGAGACCAAAGAAGCGGUUGCGAUUAAGAAGAUUGGGAAUGCGUUUGAUAAUAGGAUUGAUGCUAAGAGGACUCUCAGAGAAAUCAAGCUUCUCUGUCAUAUGGAUCAUGAUAAUGUUAUUAAGAUUAAGGAUAUAAUUCGGCCGCCGGAUAGGGAGAAUUUUAAUGAUGUGUAUAUUGUGUAUGAGUUGAUGGAUACUGACUUGCAUCAGAUUAUUCAAUCUAACCAGUCUCUCACUGAUGAGCACUGUCAGUAUUUUCUUUAUCAACUCUUAAGAGGAUUGAAGUACGUCCACUCUGCAAAUGUUUUGCACCGAGACCUAAAACCAAGCAAUUUACUUCUCAAUGCAAACUGUGAUCUCAAAAUAUGUGACUUUGGGCUUGCCAGAACAACCUCUGAGACAGACCUUAUGACCGAGUAUGUUGUGACUCGUUGGUACAGAGCCCCUGAGUUGCUACUAAAUUGUUCAGAAUAUACUGCAGCUAUUGAUAUAUGGUCUGUGGGCUGCAUUUUGAUGGAGAUAGUUAGAAGGGAGCCUUUGUUUCCUGGUAAAGAUUACGUUCAGCAGUUGGCGCUUAUAACUGAGUUAUUAGGUUCACCAAGUGACUCAGAUCUUGGAUUCCUCAGAAGUGACAGUGCAAAAAAGUAUGUUAAGCAGCUCCCAUAUGUAGAAAAGCAGUCCUUUGCACAGCGAUUCCCUGAUAUGUCCCCAUUGGCAACUGAUCUUGCUGAGAAAAUGUUGGUUUUCGAUCCCGCCAAACGGAUAACUGUCGAGGAAGCGCUGAAUCACCCCUAUAUGUCAAGUCUUCAUGAGAUCAAUGAGGAACCGAGUUGCCCAGCUCCUUUCGUCUUUGAUUUUGAACAGGCAAAUUUGAAUGAAGAAGAUAUAAAGGAGCUCAUAUGGAAAGAGUCUCUGAACUUCAGCCAGGAUCAGGUUCAGGAAUAGUCUUGUCAUAAUGGUCUUUUUCUGUCAUUAGAUUCUAUGGCACAAUGGCAUUUCAUAAUACGGGUUACGAGUUGAGUGGGAAAGUAAUUUAGUUCUGCAAAACAUGUUAUGAAAAUGGUUCUUUAGAGGUUUGGAGUUGCAAGAAUAUGUGGUGCUGGUGAUUAUGUAAUCUGUAAUCAGAGAUUAGGGAGAUGGGUUCUCCCAUUCAAGUUUGUCCUGAAAGGGCUAGGUCUUUGUGUUUACUUUUUUUCUUGGGUGGGAUUAUAGUACACCCUUUGGCAUUGGUGAUUGUUAUAGAUGAGAGAGGGGCUGCCAUGUGAUGCCUCCAAGUCUUUGUCUUUGCCUUCGCAUUGUAUAAAUCCAAAUAUAGUAGUUAUACAGAAGUUGUUAAGGAUAAGCCACAAUGAAGUGGUUUUUUGGGUGCUUA